AUGGCGAAAUUCGCCUCUUUUGGUAUGCUGGCAGCAGCCGCCACGUUAGCCCAAGCUACCUCACUGGCAAAUAUGUGUACAGACACUAAAGCCAAGGCCACGGUCCCAUCGACCGGUCUGUUUCCAGGCAUUGUUACUUCUGUAGAUGUAACUGCCAACCCAGUCUACAAUGAGACUGUCGCCGAUGAGGCUUACUACCCAGACGCUACUUUCGACUACUGCAACGUACUGCUGAACUUUUGGCUUCCAGCCCCAGAGAAAUUCAACAACCGGUGGGUCUCUACUGGUGGUUUUGGUUUUGCCAUCAACUAUGAGACAUCCAUGCCUGGUGGCUUUCAUGUCAAUUUUGACGAUGUCUUCCCUCUUGCAAACGGUACUUCCAACCUGAAUGCUCUAUACAUGUUCGGGUACCAGGCCCAUCACGAGAUGUCCUCCAUUGGCAAGGCCUUUACCAGGAACUCUUUCGACCUUGAUGACUCAACAAAGCUGUACGCGUACUACCAGGGUUGUUCUGAGGGUGGUCGUGAGGGAUUCAGCCAGGUUCAGCGUUUCCCUGAUGAAUGGGAUGGUGCUGUCAUUGGUGCUCCUGCCCUUCGCUACGGUCAGCAGCAGGUUUACCACUUGUUCCCGCAAGUUGCUGAGAAGACCCUGAAUUACACUCCUCCCUACUGUGAGCUGGAGAAGAUUGUUAGCCUUACCAUUUCUGCCUGUGAUGUCCUUGAUGGUAAGGCUGACGGUGUCAUUGGACGUUCCGAUCUUUGCAAGCUUCAUUUUGACUUCAACCCGACUGUCGGCGAGGAAUACCACUGCUCCAGCUCCGAAGUACCCCCGAACAGAGCGGCUCAGUGA